AUGGGCCAGUCAGAAGGAAUAGUCAUGGAAUUCGAUUUGGGCUCCUUGCUUUCUAAGGUUGAUGGGCUUGAUGAGCUAACUCUUCUAUUUGAUAAGAAGGAGAUGGAUGAUGUUGUUGAAAUGAUGCCAGUGGAUCAUGCACCUGGGCCGGAUGGGCCUAUUGAGACUAAUGACGAGGACUUCCCAAUUAUCCAGUAUGCAGAUGAUACGUUAUUAAUUAUGCCUGCAGAUAUGGAUCAGAUGAUGGCACUGAAGGAGAACCUGCGCUCCUCGUACCAAGAAUUGGAAACGAAACUAAAGGAGGCGGAACUAAAGAGGGAGCAGGCCGAGAAACAGCUGGCGGAGAAAAACUCCGAGCACAUCAGGGAAAAGGGCGAAUUUAUAUUGAAAAGAAAUGCUGACAGCGAGACCAUCAAGAGGCAGCAGAAAGAGCUCUAUGGGUUCCAGAAAUAUAUGGAGACCGCGGAACAUCACUGGGACUUGCUCAACGAGAACAUCUUGGAGCCGCUUGGGUAUCCGGAAAAGCGUCGGAAUUUGUUCCCACGAGACGACCUUCUUCAACUUGCAGGCGAUGAUUGCAAAGAUCUCAUCUCCGCCUCCCGCAAGAUAUGCUACAACUUAUCCAUCAAGAGGAGUCGCACUUGCAACGUUCGCAAACUUGUUAGAAAAGUGGACGUUCUUCCGGAGCUGGUGACGGAUCUACAAGCAUCAUCAGCCCGAGGCGCAGCUGCAAUGACCUUAACUAUGUGCUUAGCACAUAACCCGGAGCUUGAUCUUGAGCAGGUAACCACGGGCGUUCCUCCGGAUGCGGAUGUUAACGCGCUCCUGGAUGCAGUGAGCGGCUACGACACCCGUAUCGCGCGCAGGAUCCGGCAUGAUGAAUUCUACGACAAGGUCGUUCUUCCUGCGGACGAGCCCUUGGAAGCUGAACUUCAAAAGGAGCGCGACGCGGAGGCGCGACCUGCGGAAUCCGGAACCCAAUUUACCUGGACCAGCUCCAAGGACGCUCCCCAAGAGGAACCCAAGACCAGCGCUGCAGCUUCUGAAGAAGAGGAAGAAAGUGAUGAAGACGUGUCAUCUCCGGCCGAAGACGCCAAGGAAAAAGAUCCAGAGGGCAAGACUUCUCCGGCUAAGGGGGAGUGAAAACUUUUAUUCCUGCGGGAGAAACAAUGCAUCAUUUUGGCCCCAGCGAGGGUUUGUAAUAUAACUUUAAUUCUUAAGUAUCUAGGGACGAAACAAUUAUGCGUGGGCGGAAAACUUAUCCUGCUAUCCGUUAGAAUUAUUUUGCAUGUUUCGUUUGUUAAAAGCAAGUGCUGGUUUGUUAAUUUUCCGGCUUACUCGUUUGACCUUCCACGAGCCGGAAAACCUUUGGCCGGAAACGCUCGCCUGCGGUGACGAAGCCCAAUGGCGUCCGUCCAUAACCGCGGAAACAAGCCCCCAGCCUAGGUGCCGGAAGUCGCUACCAGGAAUCCACGAGUUCGCAACGAAAA